AGCCAGGGGCUUCCUGCAGCCGCAGGGACGAGCUGGCCGGAUCAUGGCCCAGGGGACGGUGAUCCACGUGACCCCAGAGCAGCCCACCUACGCCGUAUGUGUGCUGGGCACCAAGCCCCAGCUGGAUGUCUGCGGCUCUGCCCCCACGGGCUGCACCUUCUUCAGCAUCAACGCCUCCCCAGGGGUGGUGGUGGAUGUUGCCCACAGCCCUCCAGCCAAGAAGAAUCCCACAGGUUCCUCCAAGUGGCCCCUGGACCCCGGGCUGGAGGUGAGCCUGAGGAUGAGGGCUGCCAGCAGCAGCAUGGGCGACCAGAAGGUUCAGAUUUCAUACUACGGACCCCAGACCAACCCAGUCCACGCGCUGCUCUACCUCACCGGGGUGGAAAUCACCUUGAGCGCGGACAUCACCCGCACCGGCAAAGUGAAGCCCACCAAAGCCCGGAAGAACCAGAGCACCUGGACCUGGGGCCCCCGCGGGCAAGGCGCCAUCCUGCUGGUGAACUGUGACAGGGACAACCCCCACACCUCUGCCAUGGACUGCACAGAUGACCGGGUGCCUGACGGAGCAGACGUGCAGGACAUGUCCCUGGUGACGCUGAGCACGCGGACGCCCUGGGACUUCUUCUCCAAGCACCAGCUGGUGCUCCACGUGGCCAAGUCCGAGAUGGACAGAGUCCGAGUGUUCCAAGCCGGCCGGGGCAAACAGCCCUCGGGGUACCAGGUGAUCCUGGGGCCCCAGCAGCCCUCCCACCUCCUGGAGCUCCCGGGCGGCCAGCACAGCACAGACUUCUACGUGGAGGGCCUCACUUUCCCAGACGCCAACUUCCCGGGCCUCAUUUUCCUCACCAUCUCCCUGCUCAGCACGGCCAACCCGGAGCUCCCCAAGACCCUGGUGUUCCAAGACAGCGUGGCUUUCCGUGUGGCCCCCUGGAUCAUGACCCCCAACACUCAGCCCCCGAAGGAGGUGUAUGUGUGCAGGAUAUUUGAUAACGAGGACUUUGUGAAGUCAUUGACCGCUCUGGCCAAGAAAGCCAGGUGCAAGCUGACUGUGUGCCCCUUGGAGGAGAGCAUGGAGGACCAGUGGAUGCAGGAUGAAAUCGAGAUCGGCUACAUCCAAGCCCCGCACAAGGCGCUGCCCGUCGUCUUCGACUCUCCGAGGAACAGAGGCCUGAAGGAGUUCCCGGUCAAGUGCCUGCUGGGUCCAGAUUUUGGCUACGUGACUCGAGGCCCCCAAACAGGGGGCGUUACCGACCUCGACUCCUUUGGGAACCUGGAAGUGAGCCCCCCGGUCACAGUUGGGAAGAAGAAGUACCCGCUGGGCAGGAUUCUCAUUGGGCACAGCAUGUACCCCAGCGCCAAGAGCCAGGAGAUGCACCAGGCCCUGCAGGACUUCCUCGCUGCCCAGCAGGUGCAGGCCCCUGUGAAACUCUACUCCGACUGGCUGUACGUGGGCCACGUGGACGAGUUCCUGAGCUUCGUUCCCGCGAACAAGGGCUUCCGGCUGCUCCUGGCCAGCCCCAGGUCCUGCUACAAACUGUUCCAGGAGCAGCUGAAGGAGGGCCAUGGGGAGGCUCUGCUGUUCGAGGGGGUCAAGAGUAAUCCCCACCCGGCCAGGUUGGCCCUGGCCAUGCCCACCACCGUCUCCUCCCCCACCCCUCCCCAGAGCUGCAUCGACUGGAACCGGGCGGUGCUGAAGCGGGAGCUGGGCCUGCGGGAGCGGGACAUUGUGGACAUCCCGCAGCUCUUCAAGCUCCGCACGGACUUCACAGGGACCCCCAAGGCCGAGGCCCUUUUCCCAAACAUGGUGAACAUGCUGGUGCUGGGCAAGUACCUGGGCAUCCCCAAGCCCUUCGGGCCCAUCAUCAACGGCCGCUGCUGCCUGGAGGAGAAGGUGCGGUCCCUGCUGGAGCCGCUGGGCCUCCACUGCACCUUCAUCGACGACUUCACCCCGUACCACCUUCAGCACGGGGAGGUGCACUGCGGGACCAACGUGCGCCGGCAGCCCUUCUCCUUCAAGUGGUGGCACAUGGUGCCCUGAGGCUGUCCCCCGGGAGGCUCUGGUCCCCUGCAGUGUGGCAUAGCAAGAGUUCUUGGGGACACGUUGGCUCCCCAGGGGGAGGCCCCCCUCCGGGCAGUGGCUUGCUUCUGUCCCCUGUGUCCCCUCUGAAGAUCCCAAGAUGGU